AUUAUCCGCCAUUCAUGGUGUUCCAGGAGAAGAACUCUACCCUAAAUGAACCUCAUAACCUGGCACCCUUUGCAGAUGAUGAUACAUAUCCUGAAGAAAUUCCACUUUGUCCUGGAUUGAGAACUAUGGAUGAAACACUCAAGAAAGAUUUGGAAUCACUUAACAACAAAAUGCCUGACACAUUAGGCUGCUUAUUUGUAGCCAAAUUUACAGAAAACGAACAGCAAAUGUGUGACAAAGAACCUCAGCCUUGGCUGGUAACACAGACAGAUGAAAUAGGGAACAACUUCAUCUGUGGUGCCAAAGAUUUACAGCAAUUAAUCGCUGUUGUCUAUUAUAAUUGUGGUUCAGAAAAGUAUUUCAAAGCAUAUAAUGAAAGUUUAUCUAUCACUGGACGGGGCGAAAAAGAACCAGAGUUUUUAUCAGAAACUUAUCAAAUGUACGAAAUAUGUUAUGAUUUCAAAAACAAACAAACAUUAUGGACAAAACAUAAGAUCCUGACUCCCGACCUUCUCACACAUAAACAUUAUGCACACAAAUACCUGGAUACGGUUUCAUUAAGAGAAUUCAACACAAAAACCUUCAACUUGAGAUUGGAUGACGACACCUUUAUCAAAAUGAAACAACCGUAUGAACCUAUUGAAACUGAUAAGAAAAAAGAUCCCUUAUAUCCAAACAUGAAGAUAUAUCAUUUAGUGCCUAAAGAUCACAUGGCGUUGCCCUACUGGAAAAAAUCCACUGACCACAUGAUCAAUGCAGGACCCAUUCUUCCUCAAUUUAUACCGUUGAUGAAAGCUAUUCAUAAAGGAAUUUUAUUGGCUUCGAAUUACGCGUAUCGGACAUUUAAAAACUUCUUGACAAUUUACACCAAAGCUGAAACAAUAUUUUCGUACAAACACGCUGCUUUGUCAGCAUUGAACCUUAAAACGAUGAUGACAUCUUUAAUGCCAACAAUGUCCACUGAUGUAUUUAGACCAACUAUGUGGUACAUAACCGUUCUUAAUGAAGAUGAUCAAUCUGGAAUUCUCAUUGUACUGCAUAACACUAAAGAAGCUCUUCCUGCAAGAAAGGAAUGCGAUGAUGAUAAAAUAUUACCAUGCGAUAUCAGAAGUUGGGCUGAAGACCCAGAUUCAAUUGCUUCGGAUGAUCUAAAGCAUGCAUAUUGCUGCCCAAUCAAGCAAGACGAAUUUCAAGAACUGUUUUCAAUAAAUACUACAAAUAUAAGCCUAAACAUACAGAAAAACCUCAAUUUACAAGAAUUAAUAAGUUUAGAAAAAGGUGAAUUGCCUGUAACAAUCAUUGUUGAGUAAGCAAACGUGUCAAGACUUUAAAUAGUAGUAAAGGUGGAUAAAACUAAGUUUUUAAAGUUUUUUUGUUCAACUGGAACCUUCGCAAUAGUUUUUUUGUA